AUGACUGAGGAUCGUGGUUCUUACGAGGGUUCGUCAACAAAAACUGCAUCACUUCAAUCUUCACCGAAAUCGUCAAGUGUACAGCGACAACAGGUUGAUACUGUGGUCAUGACUUCUGACACGCACAGUAUAUGGGCUAAGUUCAAUCCACCUCGGCGAUUUUACUUACUGAAAACUGCGUUCGUGCUGCUGUGCUUAUUCGAUACCGUUCAUUGGGCUUAUAUGUUGAGGGAUGAUGAUGAGACAUCACCGAACGUAUGGAAAUUUUAUUUGAGAAUCAAUGCGUAUGAUCAAUAUUAUUUGGUCUCACGCAUGUUUGCGGAUAUUUUGGUUUGUAUUAUUGGAUUGGGUACGUGCAUGUGGACAAGGAAGGUCGCUUUAUCAAUACCGUGUCUUGUUGUGCAAUCUGUUCUUAUUUGUGUGAGGUUAUCGGUAUGGGUGGCACGAAGGCGACUGCCACAAGACUAUCGCGUUGAAGAUAUGGUAUUCGUUGCGUUCGAAUUUAUACUACCCUCCUUAUGGAUGUUGUUAUCAAUCAGUGUGGUGAGGACAAUAAAAGCAGUGUGCGAAUAUGAUCGCCUUCACGAAGGUCCAAAGCCACCGGUCAUUGUUCUCACUGUCAAGAAUGACAACGAAGAAUCCGUGCAAAUACAAAUCAACCCUUGA